ACAUAACGGUGUGGUAGUACGGUGGAGAAGCGGGAACCGAGAGGAGUGUCCAAAAGGGAGGUUAAUAAUGUGCCGUUUCGAACAGCUUUGACUGAGAAGACCGGGCUUUAACUGAACAAAAUACAACUUAAGUCACGCGUAAUUGCAGUGCCAAAAAGUUCCACUCAUUCCACCUGAGGAAUGACCGGAAGGUUGGCAUCUGACAAGUAGAGUACUGUGCCCAGCUUUGCUUUUACAAUCGCGUUUCUAGCAUCCUUUUUGCCUUUCCGUGAAGAGGGAUUCUGCGCCCGCGUUCAAGCGGUUCGGUGAGGCUCUCCGCUGCCAAAAUGCUGGUGGACGAGCGGAUUUGGACUCUCUUCAAACGGAACUGUCAGCACACUCUGACCUACUGGAGCGUGUUCUUCAGUUUUGGGCUGUGCAUAGCUUUCCUCGGUCCCACGAUCCUGGACCUGCGGUGUCAAACGCAGUCCACUCUGAAGGAAAUAACGUGGGUGUUCUUUUCCCAGCAGUUCUGUUUGCUCAUCGGCAGCACGAUCGGAGGGGCUUUCAAGAAAACCUUGCUAUGCGCCCUGUCUGCACUCUUUCUUUCCUCUCUGAUGAUUUCGGUCAUCUUCGCCAUCAUCCCAUUCUGCCACAACGUGCUGCUCCUGGCCGUUGCUAUGGCGGUGGCUGGGCUGGCCAUGGGCAUCAUCGACACCAUCGCCAACAUCCAGCUGGUCAAGAUCUACCAGAAGGACUCCGCCGUCUUUCUACAGGCUCUGCACUUCUUCAUCGGGUUCGGAGCGCUGGUGAGUCCGCUGAUCGCGGACCCCUUCCUGUCUGAGGCCAACUGCAUGGUGGGCAACGUCACCGAGAACAUAACCGAGAUCAUGCACCACCUGAGGAAUGCGCCACCGGGAGCGGGAAGCCAUGCCCCCGAGGGGGAGGGGGAGGAGGCCACCAGUGUGUCCUACGCCUUCUGGAUCAUGGCGCUGAUAAACGUGCCCGUGCCCAUUGCAGUUUUCGUGCUGAUGUACCGGGAGCGACUGAUCCCCUGCUGCGGCAGCAGUGACCCCCGCCUGCUGGACCGGGACGAGCUAGCCUUGGAGACGCAGGGAGGGGUGGUGCAAGAGCCUGAAGAUAAGGACACGGAUGCUGGGGGACAUGGGGACCUGUUUAGUUGUUGCCAGAAUGAUAACUUGCGAGGGCUCCCUCCCUCUUUUUUUGUCCACAUUAUGGGGGGGCUGGUUCUCUUCAUGACGGAUGGGAUUGUGGGGGCGUACGCUGGCUUUGUGUACACCUACGCCGUGUCUCCUCCCAUGGCGUUAGCGCACAAGACCGCAGGCUACCUGGCCAGUAUCUUCUGGGCAGCCAUUACUGCGGGCCGGCUGGUGUCCAUUCCACUGUCGUAUCGCUUCAAACCUGUUCGCCUGCUCACCGUCAAUCAGGCCGGUGUCAUCAUCACAGUGUUGCUGCUGCUCAUCUUCUACACCAGCAGUGUGUUCCUGUUUGUGGGGACCUGCCUGCUGGGUCUGUUCCUCAGCAGCAUCUUCCCCUGCAUGCUGGCCUACACCGAGGACAUCCUGGAGUACCAAGGAUGUGCCACCACAGUCCUGGUCACCAGCGCUGGCAUGGGGGAGAUGGUGAUGCAGGUUCUGGUGGGAUCGGUCAUUCACAGUGACGGCAGCUACAGCUUCCUGUUGUGUGGGAUGAUCAUAGGCUGCAUCGGAUUCGUACUCUUCUUUGGCUUGCUGCUAUUCCACAGGAUGCACACUAACUACCUCACAGGUACCUCCAAAAAGACAGUCAUGGUGGAAGAGCCGGUCACAGACUGUGUGAAACAGGCGACAUGAAGGGAAGGAGGAGGAAGUGUACAAGUACUGCUGCUUCAAGGGAUUCUGUGGAAUGUCCGCACUGACCAAUCAGUGACAAGAUGGACAGGAAGUACUGUAGUCAGUGACACAAACACAAGCCACAGCCACCUCACCCCUCUAGAAGUGCAGUGGGACAGAGGCAGAAGAAAAUUUUAGUAAUUUAUUAAAAAAUGAUUUUAUUUUUUUUCACUCUUAGAAAAAAAAAAUGUUGAAACACACUUAUGAUCAAGCAUUUCAGUGACAGAAAUAUAUGUAUGUUUUUAUUCCAAAGCAAGAUCAAAAUGAAGAAGUGAGAAAAUAAACAUUGCUGUUGCUCCAUGUAAAUGAAAGUACUUUGGUUUUAUUUGUAUAUUGGUGUUUUGCUUUUCACAAUGCACUGUUUCUUCUCUGAAUAAAUCAUGAAUGGCAGAUGUAUUUUU